AUGGUUUGUGAAGAGAAGGAAGACAACCAAGGGAAGCAGAACCGAAGCAAAGAUAUAGUCCAUCCACAGGGGCUUUGUGUCCCUGCCUUGUUCACCCCCUUCCCAGUCCUGUUUCUUCUCUACAUAGCUCUACUCUUCAGCACGGUUACAGCCCUGAUAAACAGUAUAAAGUUACUGAGUAACUGUGCAAAUGUUGAAAAGAUUCCACCCAUCUCACUCUCAGAGCAUCUCUAUGACAGAGAUGAAGUAAUAGGUGUGGUGGAAGGUGUAGGAACUUUGGGAGAGAGUGACCAUGUCAUAUUAGCCUUCACUAUAAUGCAGGCACAGGUGGCCAAAGUAUUUGAGCUCCAGCUUCAUAUUCAGCUUCCUUGUGGACCACUGCUUAAGUAUGAGUCAUCGGAUGUCGAUAAGGUUCUCAGUACUCCAGCCACUAAUGACUGUGACAUCAUCCUUGCUCUCAAGUUGGCUACAGUUAUAAAGCCAAAUAGGGCUGAGAAAACAGAAGUUCUGAAUGAAGAUCUUUUGCAGGUGGAGAAGCGGUUGGAGCUGGUGAAGCAGGUCUCCCACAGCACGCACAAGAAGCUGACGGCAUGUCUUCAGGGGCAGCAGGGAUCGGAUUCUGAUAAGCGCUCGAAGAAAUUGCCUUUGACGUCACUUGCUCAGUGCUUGAUGGAAGGUUCUGCUAUCCUAGGAGAUGACUCCCUGCUUGGGAAGAUGCUGAAAUUAUGUGGAGAAGCAGAGGACAAGCUAGCGCAAGAGCUCAUCCACUUUGAGUUGCAAGUUGAAAGGGAUGUGAUAGAGCCACUGUUUGUGUUGGCAGAGGUAGAAAUCCCAAAUAUUCAAAAACAGAGGAAGCACUUAGCAAAAUUAGUCCUGGACAUGGAUUCAUCCAAAACAAGAUGGCAACAGUCAGCCAAGUCUUCAGGUUUGUCAAGCAACUUGCAGCCUUCGGGUGCCAAAGCGGAUGCUCUCAGGGAAGAGAUGGAGGAGGCAGCAAACAGAGUGGAGAUUUGCAGGGAUCAGCUCUCAGCUGACAUGUACAAUUUUGUGGCCAAAGAGAUAGACUAUGCAAACUAUUUUCAAACUUUAAUAGAAGUGCAAGCAGAAUACCACAGAAAGUCAUUAGCACUUUUGCAGAAUGUGUUGCCUCAAAUCAAAGCACAGCAGGAAGCUUGGAUUGAAAAGCCCUCCUUUGGGAAGCCCUUAGAGGAACAUCUCGCUGUCAGUGGCCGGGAGAUUGCCUUCCCUAUUGAGGCCUGUGUCACUAUGCUUCUUGAAUGUGGCAUGCAGGAGGAGGGUCUGUUCCGAGUGGCCCCCUCUGCUUCCAAAUUAAAGAAGCUUAAGGCAGCGUUAGACUGCUGUGUUGUGGAUGUUCAGGAAUAUUCAGCAGACCCCCAUGCCAUUGCAGGGGCACUGAAGUCCUAUCUUCGAGAGUUGCCAGAACCCCUCAUGACCUUUGAACUUUAUGAAGAAUGGAUCCAAGCCUCUAACAUUCAGGACCAAGACAAGAGAUUGCAAGCACUAUGGAAUGCCCUUGAGAAAUUGCCUAAGGCCAGCUACAAUAAUCUAAGGUACCUGAUCAAAUUCCUUGCAAACUUAACUGAGUACCAAGAUGCAAACAAAAUGACACCAAGCAACAUAGCCAUUGUGCUGGGGCCAAAUCUCCUCUGGCCUCAGACAGAAGGAAACAUCACAGAGAUGAUGGCAACAGUCUCUCUACAGAUAGUUGCAAUUAUUGAACCCCUUAUCCAGCAUGCUGAUUGGUUCUUUCCGGGAGACAUUGAAUUCAACUUGACUGGGAACUAUGGAAGCCCUGUGCAUGUGAACCACAAUGCAAACUACAAUUCUAUGCCAUCACCCGAUAUGGACCACGCCGACCACAAGCACUCAGAUCAGACCCGACGACCACUCAGUGUGGCCACGGACAACAUGAUGCUUGAGUUCUACAAGAAGGAUGGCCUUAGGAAAAUCCAAAGCAUGGGCGUCCGGGUGAUGGACACCUCUUGGGUGGCUCGCAGAGGCCCCUCCAUAGUUCGUAAGGCAUCCUCCACCCCUCCUGCCAUGCAGCCCCCUGCUCCGCCUUGUGAACUUGCUGCUACUCCUCAGUCACCAAUUCCUGAGCAAUCUCUUGACAUUUCAGCUACUCCCUCCCUUACUCCAACUAGCUUCGGGUUCCCACCAGGGGUUGAGCGAGCAAGCACUCUGAAAACUAAGGAACUCUCUCUAGUGUCUGGGCAGAAAGGGAGCCCGGCUUGCAGCCACACAACACCAGGUGGUGGGACUGCACAACAGCCCCCAGCUGCACCGCAGCUAUCCACAGAACAAAGUCCACACACACUGAGGAAAGUUUCAAAGAAGCUGACCCCACUCCCUGCCAAGGGUCCUUAUGGCCAGUCUGGUGGUAUGUCUGAUCCAUCGACAGGGCAGCCAUCUCCGGCCAGCCUUUCUCCCACUCCACCCAGCACUCCAUCGCCCUAUGGACUGAGUUACCCACCAGGCUACUCCUUGAGUUCAGGCCCUCUUUCCCCAGCGGCAGCUCCUUCCCUGUCUUCUCCUCCUUCCCUAACAAGCACUUUAACCAAAUCUCGGCCCGCCCCCAAGCCACGACAGAGGCCUACACUGCCACCUCCACAGCCUCCCACAUCCAGUGCAUCUGGCUCCAGUCCACAGUCCACAGAGCACACCCUCCUAGACGACAUCUCUCCCGGAGAGAGCAUGUCCACAGAUCUGGCCCAUCUUGAUAUCCCUUCCAUCCAUGUAGAGGUUGAUGCCACACUUCACUUGGAUCCCUCGGGUCAAGUCCAGAGACAUCCGGUACCAGGAAAAAUCAGCUCAGAGGAGGAUUCAGAAAGCACCGCCCUAUGACAUGAAGAUCCCUCUUACUUCUCUAGAGUGCUUUCUUGUACAUAUCGGUGCCCCACAUGAACAUUGCUGGAGGAGGCAUAUCCAGAGACCUUGUCAAGGGAUGUCUCUUCUGGAGUUUCACUUGCCAGCCACUUGUGC